CUGCUGCCGCCGCCGCCGCCUGGAUAUAGUGCGGCAAGGCGCGGAGCUUGCAGUCACUUUGAGAGGAGGAGCGCGCGGGCUGCGGGCGGCUGGGGCACCCGGGAGCGACGUCGGGCUAGCAGAGGCAGCCGUGGCAGCGGAAGGUUCUCUCUCCAGGGCUGGACUUAAUAACUUUGGAACUGUCCACCAGUGUCACGUCCUGAACAUGAGCCUCCUCCUCUCCUUCUACCUGCUUGGGUUGCUUGUCAGUAGCGGGCAAGCUCUUCUUCAAGUGACAAUUUCACUCAGCAAAGUAGAGCUUAGUGUGGGUGAGUCUAAAUUCUUCACAUGCACAGCAAUUGGUGAGCCUGAAAGUAUAGAUUGGUAUAAUCCUCAAGGAGAGAAGAUCAUUUCGACACAGAGGGUUAUGUUGCAGAAGGAAGGUGUGAGGUCACGACUAACCAUCUACAAUGCAAAUAUAGAAGAUGCAGGGAUAUAUCGUUGCCAAGCGACAGAUGCCAAAGGACAGACACAAGAAGCCACAGUAGUUUUGGAAAUUUACCAAAAACUGACCUUCAAAGAAGUGGUAUCUCCUCAAGAAUUCAAGCAAGGAGAGGAUGCGGAAGUUGUUUGCAGAGUUAGCAGUUCACCUGCACCUGCUGUGAGCUGGUUGUAUCACAAUGAGGAAGUCUCCGCCAUUUCCGACAAUCGGUUUGCUGUGUUAGCAAACAAUAAUCUGCAGAUUCUCAACAUCAAUAAAAGUGAUGAAGGUGUAUACAGGUGUGAAGGAAGAGUGGAGGCCAGGGGAGAGAUUGACUUCCGUGACAUCAUUGUUAUUGUUAAUGUUCCACCAGCAAUCGUGAUGCCUCAGAAGUCUUUCAAUGCCACUGCAGAGAGGGGGGAAGAGAUGACAUUAACAUGUAGAGCCUCAGGCUCUCCAGAACCCACCAUCUCUUGGUUCAGGAAUGGCAAGCUCAUUGAAGAAAAUGAAAAGUACAUAUUAAAGAGCAGUAAUACAGAGCUCACUGUUAGGAACAUAGCCAAUAGUGAUGGGGGCCAUUAUGUCUGCAGAGCCACAAAUAAGGCAGGAGAAGAUGAAAAACAAGCAUUCCUUCAAGUCUUUGUACAGCCUCAUAUAAUACAACUUAAAAAUGAGACUACAUCUGAGAACGGUCAUGUCACACUCACUUGUGAAGCUGAAGGUGAACCUGUACCAGAAAUAACGUGGAAAAGAGCUGUGGAUGGCGUCACAUUCUCUGAAGGCGAUAAGAGCCCAGAUGGCCGCAUUGAAGUCAAAGGACAGCAUGGACACUCGUCCCUGCAUAUCAAAGAUGUGAAGCUGUCAGAUUCAGGGAGAUAUGACUGUGAAGCUGCAAGCAGAAUUGGAGGGCACCAAAAGAGCAUGCACCUUGACAUUGAAUAUGCUCCUAAGUUCGUUUCAAAUCAGACGAUUUAUUACUCUUGGGAAGGAAAUCCAAUCAAUAUAAGUUGUGAUGUGAAAUCAAAUCCACCAGCAUCAAUCCAUUGGAGAAAAGAGAAACUGGUUUUGCCAGCUAAAAACACCACUAAUUUAAAGACUUACAGUACAGGAAGGAAGAUGAUAUUGGAGAUUGCCCCUACAUCUGACAAUGACUUUGGACGAUAUAACUGCACAGCUACUAACCGCAUUGGAACAAGAUUUCAAGAAUAUAUUCUUGCUUUAGCAGAUGUGCCAUCCAGUCCCCAUGGAGUGAAGAUUUUAGAAUUGUCACAGACCACAGCUAAAAUAUCUUUCAACAAACCGGAUUCCCAUGGAGGUGUGCCUAUUCACCACUACCAAGUGGACGUCAAAGAAGUGACAUCAGAAACCUGGAAAAUAGUACGCUCCCAUGGAGUUCAAACAAUGGUUGUUUUGAGCAGCCUGGAACCAAAUACAACCUACGAAAUCAGGGUUGCAGCAGUAAACGGAAAAGGUCAAGGAGACUACAGUAAAAUAGAAAUAUUUCAGACAUUGCCUGUUCGUGAACCAAGUCCCCCAUCCAUACAUGGACAGCCAAGCAGUGGGAAGAGUUUUAAAAUCAGCAUCACAAAACAGGAUGAUGGUGGGGCUCCUAUUUUGGAAUACAUUGUGAAAUAUAGAAGUAAAGACAAAGAAGACCAAUGGCUAGAGAAGAAGGUUCAGGGGAAUAAAGACCACAUUAUCUUGGAGCAUCUGCAGUGGACAAUGGGGUAUGAAGUGCAAAUUACAGCUGCAAAUAGACUGGGAUAUUCUGAGCCCACAGUUUAUGAGUUCAGCAUGCCCCCAAAGCCCAACAUUAUAAAAGACACACUUUUUAAUGGCCUUGGACUUGGAGCCAUCAUUGGCCUUGGAGUUGCUGCCCUUUUGCUAAUCCUUGUGGUAACAGAUGUCAGCUGCUUCUUCAUUCGACAGUGUGGGUUACUGAUGUGUAUCACGAGGAGAAUGUGUGGGAAGAAAAGUGGCUCCAGUGGCAAAAGUAAAGAACUCGAAGAAGGAAAAGCCGCGUACCUGAAAGAUGGAUCAAAAGAACCCAUAGUAGAAAUGAGAACAGAGGAUGAAAGAAUUACUAACCAUGAAGACGGGAGCCCAGUGAAUGAGCCAAAUGAAACCACACCACUAACAGAGCCCGAAAAACUACCUUUAAAAGAAGAAAAUGGAAAAGAAGUGCUAAAUGCUGAAACCAUAGAAAUUAAAGUAUCUAAUGACAUCAUCCAAUCAAAAGAAGAUGACAGCAAAGCGUAACCACAAUGCUCCAGCAGCUUGGUCUGCACUACAAAACGCAUUUGGAUUGCAGUGACCCUACAACCAAAACUAUUCCAUUGACCUUAAUUUCUUGGGAAACGUCUAGCUUGGAAUAGCUUGUAUACAUAUACAUAUGAUAACUCCUCCAACCAUGGUCCAUUUACUUUUGUGUUGUUGUUGUGGUUGUUAAUUUUGUUAAGAAUUUUGGUAUAAAAGCUUGAUUGGCACCAACUCUUGGGUAUCAAUUUGAAUGUACGAUUGAUGUACUGCAACUUAUUAUAUGGUUCAAGUGCUCUUCCUUUAAGGUUUUGUCUCACAUAACACCAACAAAUAUAUUUUCAAGCUCUCUAAAAUAUGAAGCUGUAAUAGAAGGCAGUACAAAGGCUUUGUGAGCUUAAUGUAUAAGAAAGCCUGCAUGUUUAUGAAUCUUAUCUUGGGCAAACACAUUAUUAGAGUGGCUUACAGCUUAAAAUGAAGGCACAUAAUAAAGGUUACACUUUUAUCAGGGGAUAUUCAGGGAAGCCAGGCUUGAAAAAGCCAGUUAGUUAUCUUCUGCAGAUAUUGAAAAUUGAGGAAGUGGAGAAUUCUUUUCAAAUAAUGAUUACAGUAAAUUUUCAACCUUGAUAUUUGAUAUGCUGAAAUACCAGGUCAACAUUGCUACACAUUUGAAAGAUUAUUUGGAUGUGAAAUUCCAUUAGAAAGACUCUAAAUUUCUCUCUUUAGCUAUGCCAUACUCACAAUGGAUUACACAAAAAGUAAAUGUAAUACAAGUGAAAAUGAUAUUGAUUUCUGCCCUCAGCUUCAAAUAAAGUGAAUUUAAAUGGGAAAAA